CAGGACAAAGUCACUGAUCUCAUCCAGAACUCCACCGAUCAAGAUUAUCCUGAAGUUUGUGCGCAUUUCAAGGAAAUCGUUCAUCUGGAAAUGGAUACCAACGAGACAGUGUCAGCAACAGAGUCUGCUAUACUGCGUACGACCUACCGCAACGAUACGACCAAUCAUGAUGUUGGUAAUGAAGUCAUCUCAUUUGAAGAGGUCGCCAUACUGUUGAAGAAUAAGGGGAUCGACCUCAACAUUGAAUGUCUUCACGUCCUUCAGGGCGAGUUGGAGCGGGUUGCGACAAUGAAACCAAAGGCACAGUGGUCUCAUGAGGAGGGUUUGCUGGAGUACCUUGAGAAGGUGAUUGGAACGAACAAGUACAUCGAGCAGAUCAAGGAGAAAGCCCAACGGCUUGAGGAUCUGAAUGAGAGAAGGGUGGGCUUCAUGGAAAAAAUGCGAUUAGCGGAGAGAGAAAAGGUCCAGCUGGAGGAGCACAAGAAGGCGGCUGAAGCUUUUCUGCUGAAGGAAGCGCAGCUCACCCAGCUGAACAUGGCGGCAGUUUAUUUGCAGCUGCAGGAGCGUGAGCAAACAAUGAAAAGGUCUAGCAGGCUGGCCGCAGACCUUGAAAGGGUGAUCGACACAGACAGGAAAACCGUUUUGAUGCUUUCGGCAGAGUUGAAGUGCAAAGAACUCGAGUAUGAUAAAUGCGCAAAGGAGUUUAAAGCGGUCAUUCCAGAGCUGAAGGCUGCCAAUAAAGAGCUCAACGCACUGGCGAAGAAGUUGCCUGCCUGCAAGACAGGCAAGGAGAACAAACAACCCAAGCAAGACAAGAGCCCGAGCCACUCUAUAGGGGGCGUGAGCAGCAGAGGCACGAGCAGUAAAGUUACGAGCAGCAGAGGCAUGAGUAGCAAAGGCAUGAAUAGGAAGGGAAGCAGCACGGAGGACAAAAAACUUUUUCUGCAGAUGCAUAUAGUGGAUGAGAAGCGCAAAAGGUUGAAACAGCUAAUGAAGCGCAAGGGUGUCGAGUGCCUUGACAGGAGAAGGGAGAUACGUGCAGUUCUUAGCCAGUCGGAGGAAACCUUAUUGCGAGCGAAGAAGGGACUUUCACAGCUGGAGGAGUUCAGUCGCAUUCAUCAAGUGAGUGUGGACCAUUCACGCCUGGCGAGAAAUGAGCUCAAGUCCCUGGGGAAGCACCUCUCAUGCCAGAUCUCAAACAUGCAAGAAAAGCGCGUGUCAGACGAGGAUAUGGAGGAGGCAUGCCUUCCUCACGCUCUCAACGAAGUUCUGGGCGAGUGGUUAGAGGCGGCAGGUGGGGAUGCAGUUCUUUCUGAAGAAGUGGCUGAGGCUGAGGCUGCAGAAAGUGUGGUUGAGGCUGCAGAAGGGUCUGAGGCUGCAGAGGGUGUGGUUGAGGCUGCAGAGGGUGUGGUUGAGGCUGCAGAGGGUGUGGUUGAGGCUGCAGAGGGGAGUGAGGCUGUAGAGGGGAUUGAGGCUGUAGAGGGGAGUGAGGGUGCAGAGGGGAGUGAGGCUGUAGAGGGGAGUGAGGCUGUAGAGGGGAGUGAGGGUGCAGAGGGGAGUGAGGCGCAAUGCCAAGUAAUUGAGCCUGCAGCAGACGCAUCCGAAAAAGUGAUGCAGAAACUGGGAAGGCUGCUGUGCUGGCUGUGCAGUAACUGCAUGAGCGCAGGAGCCAGCUACGAUGAGGUGCUGACAAAGCACGAGUCCCUGGGAGAAGAGCUCAAGGCGCUCUGGGAAACGGUUGACAUGAGCUACAUUGACGAGUACCACAAACAAGAUGACGCCUUUUUCGAGGCGUUCUUUGAAGCAACAGAUGUGACACCUGAGAGGGAUGCUGUGAAGCAGGAGCACAAGGCCCUGAUAAGGCGUCGGCAGGCAGAGUUUACAGCAGGCCUUGAUGCUAUCAGGACGCGGGUGAAGGAGAACUACCAGAUUAUGGCGCCAGGUGGCGAUGCUGACCUGGCACCUGUUGACCCGCGUGACCCGUUCAGCCAGGGGAUUCGCUUCUCUGUGUGCCCGCCACAGCAGCAGUGCUGGAGGAACGUUGCCGACCUUGAUGGAGAAGACCAGCUCCUUGGCGUUGCUGUUGGCAAUCCACCUGUUGAAGACAGACUCGUCCCUUAA